UGAAAGGGAUCAAAAUCUUUCUUCUCACUCUUCUCUCUCUCUCUCUCUCUCUCUCUCUCUCUCUCUAAAACCAGAGAUGGAGACUGAAGAAACAAGUCAUACACAAUAGAAUUGUUGAACCAAAUUACUAAUAAAUUCAACAUUUCAUCCACCAAUUUCUUCAAGACAAUCACAUUUCACCAAAUCCCUCCACUCACCCCCCAUAAAUGUCUCUCUGUCCAUUGCUCCCCUCACAAUAUCCUACACCUUCUCAACUCUUUCACCUUCACCACCACAAUGACUUACCGGAAAAAUAGCCACAUCUCUGUUUCGGUCAUCCUCGUAUCGGUUUUUCUCAUUGGAAUCGUCUUUUACAACGAAGAUGUCAAGUCCCUAGCUCAAUUCCCAUUCACCAAAUUCCAAUACCGCCAGAACUCACUUCCUGACUCACCCGUCACGGGUGAAUCCAGUAACACAUUAGAUAAAGAUAUCGCAGCCGACUACGAUGAGAACAUUGAGUUCCCAUCGGACGGCUGCGAUAUAUUCGAUGGGAGUUGGGUGUAUGACGAUGUCACACACCCAUUAUAUAAAGAAGAGGAGUGUGAAUUUUUAACACGUCAGGUUACGUGCAUGAAAAAUGGGAGACAAGAUUCUAUGUAUCAGAAGUGGAGGUGGCAGCCUAAGGAUUGUGAUUUGCCAAAGUUUAGUGCCAAGUUGUUGGUGGAGAAGUUGAGGAACAAGAGGUUGAUGUUUGUUGGGGAUUCGUUGAAUAGGAAUCAGUGGGAAUCGAUGGUGUGUUUGGUUCAAUCGGUUGCUAGUCCGGGAAGAAAGAGCUUGAUCAAAACUGGGUCGCUGUCCAUAUUUAGACUCGAGGAUUAUAAUGCCACGGUGGAGUUUUACUGGGCCCCAUUUCUAGUAGAAUCCAAUUCUGAUGACCCAGAUAUGCACAGUAUAUUAGACAGAAUUAUCAUGCCUGAGUCAAUUAACAAGCAUGGUCAAAAUUGGAAAAAUGUUGACUAUUUGGUCUUCAACACAUAUAUCUGGUGGAUGAACACAUUAAAGAUGAAAGUCCUGCGAGGAGCCUUCGAUGAAGGCGCAACAGAGUAUGACGAAGUCGAUAGGCCAGUAGCGUAUGGAAGAGUACUCAAAACGUGGUCCGAGUGGGUCCAUUUAAAUGUAAACCCUAAUCGAACCAUGGUCUUUUUUAAUAGCAUGUCUCCUCUUCAUAUCAAGAGCUCGGACUGGAACAACCCUGAUGGCAUCAAAUGUGCCAAGGAGACAAGUCCAAUCCUAAACACGACCACACCACCAAGUGUGGGCACGGACCGACGGCUCUUCACGGUUGCAACCAAUCUGAUUCAAUCGAUGAAAUUCCCAGUACAGUUCCUCAACAUAACUACUAUUUCAGAGUAUCGAAAAGAUGCACACACCUCAAUCUACACAAUCCGUCAAGGCAAAAUUUUGACUGACGAACAAAAGGCGGAUCCCGCUAUUUAUGCAGAUUGUAUUCACUGGUGCUUACCUGGAUUACCUGACACAUGGAACGAGUUUCUUUAUACACGCAUUGUUUCUCGCUCGUGACCCUAACUUGAGAUUUUGCUUUUUUUUUUCUUUUUGUCUUUUUUGUAUUUCUCUUUAUUUUCAAUUACUUUGUAUAGUAAGGAAUAUUUUAAUUUUUUUUGUUUUGUAUAUUUGUUUUUGAGAAGUUUUGAUUUGCUCCAAGAGCAACAGUGGAAACAUUUAAAGGUGGUGUAAAAUGAAAAUGUUGAAAAAGAAGAAAAAAUAUGUGUUGUAGUAA